AUGGCGGACACUGUCUCGAAGCAUCGAGAUGAGUUUGCCUUUGCUCAGCUUGAGAACGAGAGAGCUCUUACAUCUCUUCGUGACGAGCUAGUGGUAGCUCGUGGGAUUGUUGAUCAGUCUCGGGAUGAGAUAACUGCUCUUCAGACCCUUGUCGAUGCCCACCAUCGGGAGCACAAGGCUCUCUGCGAGAUGCUUGAGCGCAAGGGCGUUCUUCAUCGGAAGAAGCAGUGUACUGAUGGUACGGCUUAA